AUUAGUUUUCUAGUCUAGUCCAAUCACUUCUACAAGCACAUGCAGAACACAGAUGUGCUUAACUUAACUAACCCAUUAUUUUAAACAAACAAAAAGUUUACAAUCAUUAUAUUGGAAAACAAAGAAUCGAAAUGGAUGAUCGAACUGUUGACCUUAUUUUUGCCGGUUCUCUGGAAAAUCUACCACCUGUUAGUUCCAAGAUCGUCAGAAUUUUUACAAGUUCAACAUUCACAGAUACUACGAUGGAAAGAAAUACGCUCAUGGCAAAAUGCUAUCCUAAAAUUAAAGAUUACUGCAGGGAAAAACACGGACUUGAAUUUCAGGUGGUCGACAUGAGAUGGGGUGUCAGGGAUGAAGCAACAGACGAUCAUAUGACGACGGAACUAUGUAUGAAAGAAAUAGAGAAUUGCCAAAGACUUUCGAUGGGCCCAAAUUUUGUCGUUUUUCUUGGUCAAAAAUAUGGUUAUAGACCAAUCCCCACGUAUAUAUUGUCAUCAGAACUUCAAAUGAUACGAGACGAAUUAGCUGCAACCGGAAAUGACGUUGCACUUAUUGACACGUGGUAUAAAAAAGAUAGCAACGCUGUACCACCCAUUUCGGUACUUCAACCUAUUUCUUCGAUCUUGCUCAAUUUUAAUAACAAGAGAAUCCCUAAACUUCAGGCGCAAGAUCAAGCCGUUUGGUGGGCAACUCUCGAAAAAUUUCAAAAAUUGUUUCGCAAAGCAGCAUCUUCUCUACAUCAACAGGGAAAGAUGGAUAAUGAUGCUAAACACAAUUACUUUAUGUCCGUAACGGAAAGAGAAGUCAUAAAUGGUAUCCUUAAUGUAAGAAAUACAAAAAACCAUUGCCUUGCGUACAUCCGCUACAUAAACAACAUAAACCUCCAAAAUUUAAAGAAAGCUUCCCUUUUUGUCGAUAUAAUUAACAGAAGCUUGGACCAAGAGUCUUCCAAAUUAUUGGCAAAUUUAAGAGAUGAGAGAUUGCCAGCAAAAAUUGAAACAACGAACUUACAGAAGUACACAGUUGAAUGGAUAGGCAGAGAAGGAUUGGAUCCAGAAACUCACGAGGAGUAUCUGAAGAAUUUUAUCAGUCAUUUUUAUCGUAAUAUCACAAAAUUAGUGGAUAGAGCAAUGAGAAAAGAAGAUUCUAGUGCGCAGGGUCAAAUAGUUACAGAAAUUUUACAGCACUUACAUGCUUGCAAUAAUUCCGUAAAGGUUUUUUAUGGUAGAGAAGAAAACUUAGAACGAAUCCAUCAAUAUAUGAUAGGAAAUUCAGAUAAACCGUUGGUUCUGUAUGGAGAAGGAGGUUGUGGAAAAACCUCUCUUUUAGCGAAAGCAGCAAGCAUGGCUACAUCGAAUGGAUGGUUCCCAAAUGCUAAACCAAUCAGUAUUGUGAGAUUUCUUGGAACUACCCCAGAUUCGAGCGCUUUAACGCCUACCCUAAUUUCCAUAUGUCAACAGAUUUCAUACAAUUUCAUGAUACCUUUCGAUACCAUACCGGACGAUUUAGUCCCACUAACAGCUCAUUUUAAACAGUUAUUAACAAGCGCCACCCAGGAGCAACCUUUCUUUUUAUACCUUGACUCUGUUGACCAACUCACAAGCACCCAAGAUGCUAAUAAAGUGUCUUGGUUACCUACAAGGUUACCGCCUCACUGUAAAAUCAUUGUUUCUUGCGCAUGCGAAGAAAAUAAUGUCGAAGUUUCAAGAGAAUAUUACAUUCUCAGGAAGAUGAUUGACAACGAGGAGAACUUUAUCGAAGUCAGCGCUUUGGGAGAAGAUCUUGCCAUACAGGUCAUAAAGAUGUGGAUGGGAACUGCUAAAAGAGAUUUGAACAACUACCAGUGGCGCUUGGUUUCAAAUGCUAUAGGAAAAUGUAGUUUGCCCAUCUUCGUUAAGUUGGUUUUUGCGGAAAUAUGCCGGUGGAGAAGCUACACAAAACCUCAGGAUACUCACUUGGCAUCGACAGUCAUGGACUCUAUCAUGAUGUUAUUCGAACGAAUUGAAAAGCAGCAUGGUACAAUUUUGGUCUUCCACGCUCUGGCUUAUAUAACUGCUGCUAAAAGUGGCCUUUCGGAAUCUGAAUUGGAAGAUCUGAUCUCACUCGAUGAUAAAGUAUUGGACGAUGUGUAUCAGUACCAUUUGCCACCUGUUAGAAGAAUACCACCAUUGCUUUGGACCAGGAUACGAAAUGAUCUUCCAAAUUACUUAUCAGAAAGGGAAGCAGAUGGAGUGAGCGUAAUGAAUUGGUACCAUAGACAAUUUCGCGAUACUGCUCGUGAAAGGUAUUUCAAAAAUAUAAACAUGGCUUACUAUUUUCACUCGUCCAUAGCAGAUUACUAUCUGGGUAUAUGGGGUGGAGGUAAGCCAAAACCCUUUAGGUUUACAGAAAUUCAAAGACACAGAUUCAAUUUGACCGAAAAAGAAGGAGCAGCAGACAGGAAGGUUCCAGUUCAACCCCUGUUAUUUUUAACAAAGGAAGGAAAAGUAGCAAGAUAUAAUCUACGGAAGUUUGGAGAGCUCCCUUUUCAUCUGGUCCGCUCACACAGAUUUAAAGAUCUUUACGAAAAUGUACUCUUUAACUAUGAGUGGUUGCAUGCGAAAUUGUCAAGUUGUCCUUUACAAGCUGUUUUGGCAGAUUAUGAAGACGCGUGCAUCUUUAUUGACAAAAAAGAUUCGAAAAGAGAAUUGGUGCUGGUAGCUGAUGCCCUCCGCUUAGGAGGUGCAGUUCUGGCGCAAUACCCUAACAUGCUCGCUCCCCAAUUAAUUGGACGCCUUCUACCAGAGAUAGGCACAAAUUCGAACAUUAAAAUGCUCCUAAACGAAUGCGACAACAAGGGUCCCAAACAGUGUGCGCUGGUGCCUCUUUAUCAUUGCAUGCAUACCCCCGGAGGACCUUUAAAAUAUUCUCUGGAAGGUCACCAAUUCGCAGUGUUUGCAUUUUGUCUAACAACUGAUCUUCGUUACGUGGUAUCGAUAUCGAAUAGGUUUAUCACAUGGGAUCUUUCGACAAGUGAUCUCACAAGAGACGUCAACCCUAACGUGGAAGGUAUUAUGCAACAGCUAAUUCUAAGUCCAGAUAAUAAGUGGGCGGCUGCUUUUACCAAUAACAAUCAGACAAUUCUACUUAAUAUGCUCACAAGUGAAUUUGUUGUAAUAGAAAAUCCUUUACCAAAUAAUGAACCGGUGGCUGGAGUAUUUCUAUUAAACAAAAAUUUAUUUGUAUAUGGUAGCACUUAUUGGGUACUAUUUGAUAUGAGAGGUAAUGAAGAAGACAAGUUCCGAAGCCCAGCCACUGAAGAAGGCUGGAAUAUUUUGGCUAUGGAAUUUGACAAUUUCGCUCAGUAUCGAAUACUAUUUUGGAAAGGAAGCAUAGAAGACAACAAAAUGAUGUUCUAUUAUAGAAAUAACGAUUCUGAAUUCGAACCAUUUUUCUACCAUGGUGCCAUAGCCUUCAGCAAAGAUAGGCAAACUAUAUACACUUGCACACAAGAAAACAAUUACUCCGUUUCAAAGUUUCAGAAAAAUGAUGAUAAAAAAGUAUGGGAGAAAGUUCUGGAUUUACCCAGAUCAGAAAGUGAUGAAACUGAAAUAGUUUUACAAUUAAAAUUGGAUAGAAAGGACACAAUUCUUUUAGCUUCUACUAGCAACGGAUUUAUAAUUUGGGAUUUUUCCGAAGAAAACCCCAUAACUACAGGGGCUUUAGUUUUGCAAUUGCCUUACGGUGUUCGCAAUAUUACCAUCAAAAUGCUUCAAUCCAAUUCUGUAAUGAUUAGUGCCCAAAAGAAUUAUGCCAUAGCCGGUGUUAGAAAGAAUCUUUACGUUUGGGAACUUAAAAAUCAGAAGUUAGUAAAAGUUUUAGACGCUCAUUUCGCUCGAAUAAUACAAUUGGACGCCCUUAUCAUUGGUAACUGGAAUUGUAUAGUGACAUCAUCAAUAGAUAGGACCGUAAAAGUUUGGAAUAUCAAUAACAUAUUCGAACAAGUUCACGUUAUAGACCGUCAUGAACUACAAAUCGACUCAAUAAGUUUAGCAAAAGAUGUACCCCUGGCAGUAACAGUAACACGAAGUUGUGUAGGUGUGUGGGACUUAACAGUUGGAAAACUCAAAUCCAAAUUGGCGGACACACCAUUGGGGGCCAUUGUCACACAUGCUUUGAUAACCCCAGACGGAAAGUAUAUUAUAUCUGCCGAAUCAGGAAAUAUUCUAAUAUGGAAUAGGAUUAUGGAACAAGUAAUAUUUAAGGAUGAACAACAGGGCAUAGAACAAUUAACAUUAUUAGAUGAAGGUGCAAAAGUUUUGUCGAUAUCAAAACCAAGUAACCCGCCAGGGACUGAUUCCAUGAGAGUUAUGGCAACUGUAUGUUUGAGAAAUAUACCAGACGGUGAUCUAAACUACACUUUUGAUUAUUCUGUAAGAAGUAUUACGGGAGUGCCCUUUAAGAGAUGUGUUGUAACAUGUGAUGGUCAAAAUUUAACACUGGUUGGAGCUGACAAGAGUAAUAAUAGGGACUGCAUACUUGUACACAGUGCCAUAACAGGCGCUUUUGUAAAUCGAAUUUCUCUAAAAUUAUGUGGAAUUAAGGAUGCACAUAGUUUGGUUGCAAUGCCCCACAAGGCCCACCUUUUAGGUAUUAUAACAGUGGACAAAGGUGCAAUAAUUGAUAUAAAAAACAAAAAACAUCUUAGAACAAUACCUAGGUGGGGAGGCAGUUGCACUCAAGAUGGUAAAAGUGGAUUAUAUGCCCCAUCGAGGGGUGGUUUAGAACUUAUUGAAUUAAAAAAGGGUCAAACAGUAAAAACAUUUAUACCCAAAGUAGCAGAGGGAGUUUUUACAGUAAUAUGUUCACUUACAAAAGGUGAUGAAUAUAUUUUAUAUUACCAUAGUGGAAGAAAAACAUUAAGGGUCUUCCGUGCAUCUGAUGCAGAAAUGUUAGCAAAUUAUAAAGUACAAGCUGAACUUACAGCAGUAGAAAGCACUUCAGAUGGAAAAGCAGUUGUACUUGGUACUGUUGAUGGUUGUGUUUCAGUUUUGGCGAUUGUUGAUCCCAAUAAAAUUGAUAUGUAUAAUUACAUUGCGAUAAUGCCUUCAAGAGACGAACAGUGGAAGAAGAAACUGCAAAAAACUCAGCUUCAACGAAAAUUCAAAGCAGUGGCUUAUAUUGCAAGACUUACGAGUACAUUACAGUCAAACCACUGCAAACAGAAAAAAGGAAAAAUCGCCCCAGGAAAAGAAAAUAAAUAA